GAUUUGCAUUGCGAUGCACUGACGUCGAAUUUGUUGGGUUGGCUGUAGCAGGAAAAUGGCUCCGAAGCAGCCGAACACCGGCCUUUUCGUCGGAUUGAACAAGGGCCACAUCGUGACCAAGAAGGAAUUGGCAUCACGUCCUUCUGAUCGCAAAGGGAAAACAAGCAAGAGAGUCCACUUUGUGAGGAAUUUGAUCAGGGAAGUUGCUGGGUUUGCACCAUAUGAGAAGAGGAUCACUGAGCUCUUGAAAGUUGGGAAGGACAAGCGUGCUUUGAAGGUAGCUAAAAGAAAGCUGGGCACUCACAAGAGGGCAAAGAAGAAGCGUGAGGAGAUGUCAAACGUUCUCAGAAAGAUGAGGUCUGCUGGAGGCGGUGAGAAAAAGAAGUGAGAAUUCAUUUCCGAAACAACUGCUGCGGAGAUUUUUGUUUUACAUGUAGAAGCUGAUUACUUAUCUUUGCUUAGUGUUCUUAUGUUAGUUCAAGACAGAAGCUCAGAAAAUUUCUUUCUUGUUGUAAGUCGGUUCGAAAUGACAGCAGUGUCCUUUUGGCCUGAUGCUUGAUAUUCUGAUUCUGGUGUGUGAUCUCUUGUGGUUAAGUUUUUCUAUUAGAAGGUUUCCAUGAGAACGUUAUUGAUGUCAUUUUCCAAAUAUGUCUCGUUUACCAA